AUGGAGAAGGAAGGUAUCGCGAAAGAUGUCAAUAUUUUUUCAGUCUUGCCUCAACAGGUCAUUAUCCAUAUUACUAGCUAUUUGACAGGUUGCGAUCUUACUCGGCUAGCCAAUACUUGCCUUUCCUUUUAUAAAUUGACUUGUGAUGAUACCUUAUGGAGACGAAUGAUACAAAAUGAGUUAACCUGCAAGCCUCAAUUACUCAAGGAUGAAAAUCAUUUCAUGUAUUACAAGCGUGCUUAUUUAGGUCAAUAUAAUAUGCUUUGUACAUUCGUCCUUAAAAAUUGGGACGAUCCUCAAUUUUCCGAUAUCAAUAUAGACAAUUUUUCCAAUCAUGAUGAUGAUAACCAACAUUCCAAUACCGUAAGUAAUUACAGCACUUACGCUAAGGAUACUUACAUUCUAGAAAAACUGUUCUCCUACGGUAAUUACCUUAAAACUCAUACGCAAACUGUGGAUAGCAAAAUCCUAUCCAUGUAUCUAUGCCAUGCGGCGAAACAUGGCUAUGAAGUAUGGGCAAUAUUAUUACUUGAACGUGGUGCUUUAUUUUCCGGUGUCAAUUUCUUCAAUUUGAAAUUUUAUCCUAUCAAUAUCGCUAUUCGAGAAUCUCGUCAUAAUUUCAUACGUCAAAUAAUUCGAUAUUUCUUAAAAAAGUACUCUGGUGAAAAAGUGAUGAAUGCCAUUGCAGGCAACAAUAAUCAAGGCAGUUAUAACUACGCAUCGAGUGUUAAUAGCAUCUUAAUUGAAAUAGUUGAUUAUCCAUCACAAUUAAAGUCGUUAUUAAUGGGCUUGAAAUUAACGCCAGAAUGUCGUGCUGCUGUUGAAGGCAAAUUCGAUCAAUUACGCUAUUACGUUGAGACACAAAAAUUAAAUUGUUUCAAACAAGAUAUUUACGGUAUGGAUCCACUAAGAUAUGCUACCAUCGCCGGCCAUUUCAAAUGUUGCGAAUUCUUAAUCGAUCACAAUAUCCAUUACAAUCAUUGUCGAUCUUCUUUACGAGUUCAAUCGUUUAUUGAGAUUGCCAUUGAUAAAAUGGGUGUAGCCAUGUUAAAGACAUUACGCCAGAAUCAAACCAAGGAAUUCUCCACGUGUAGUUAUGAUGAAGACCCAAUAAAUUCAUACCAUUUAGCCUUUACCCACGCUAUGGCCAAAGCAUUGGCACGACCGUCACACUACUCCGAUUAUAUAACUUUCCUUCUUCCCGAUUUGAUUAAGUAUAAUUACUAUAAAAUGAUCUUCGAUCACGUUGUUUCUAUAGGCAACAUGAACAUGUUUCGUUCUCUAGUUGUUAACUAUAAACAGUUAAUCUCGGAUUAUGCUCAAAAUGGAGAUGAAUCUCUUAAAAUGAUGACAUCGCUCGGCGAUGCUAGAAAUAAAGCUAUCCGUUAUGUUGAACAAUUACAACAUCCUCAGUUGCUAAGAAUGGCAUUCCAAUGUAUUUCUGACCUUCCCAACGUACUCCUCUAUGAGUCUUCAAGAUUAGAUCACCAUCUAAGAUUAAAUGUUUUUAAUGAUUGGUCGAUCUUUUCCUCAAGUCAGCACUACGACACAACAGUCGGAUUCUAUUAUAGAUUAAGCCAAAUCGAGGAUAAUUAUUUCAACCCCAAACGGUUUGCUCUAGAACUAACAUCUUAUAAUCUAUUAAUAGUGCUUCUAGAAUUAAUCAACCGAUGCGAUGAGCAUCAACGAUCAGAAAUAUUAUUCUGUAUGUUUUGGUCAGUUAUGAACAUGGAAUGGAACCAUCGUUUAUUUCAAGAUGAGAAGUUAGAUAGGAGACUAGAUCAAAUUACUGAAUGUUAUUUCGAAGCUAUACUGGAUGCUGGCUAUCAGAUUAAUGAUUGCACUAGAAGUUGUCGCUCAACAGCCGCUCACUAUGCCAUCACGAUGGGUAAAACACAUUGGGUUCAAUUUUUUUUAGCAGCCGGUGCUGACAGGCAUAUCGAAAAUAUCCGAUCACUGUCGUUACCAAAAUUGGCUCAAUCAUACGGUGUGGCAAUCGAUUUAUUAAACAGCUAUUGCAACUGUCCUUUACCUAGCAGUAAACACCAGAAUAUUAGCUUUUGGUGGCUGAAAUAG